AGAAGGGCGGAAGCGCGCUCUUUUAAAGUCUGCGCGGGUGUCCUCAUGCCACUUCCGGCGUGGCCAUGGCGGCUAACGCGACCACUAACCCGUCUCAGCUCCUGCCACUAGAGCUCGUGGACAAGUGUAUAGGAUCAAGAAUUCACAUUGUGAUGAAGAGCGAUAAAGAAAUUGUUGGUACGCUUCUGGGAUUUGAUGACUUUGUCAAUAUGGUGUUGGAAGACGUCACAGAAUUUGAAAUUACACCAGAAGGAAGAAGGAUUACAAAAUUAGAUCAGAUUUUACUAAAUGGAAAUAAUAUAACAAUGCUGGUUCCUGGAGGAGAAGGGCCUGAAGUAUGAAUGGAUUUCCUUGUCUCAUGCUAGAUUCUGUCUUUUUUCCCUUAAACCUUUAAUGUUUAGAUUCUAUAUGUUGAAGUUUCCUUUAAAGGGAAACACUUUGAAAUUAUAAUCCAAUUUUAUAAGCUAAUUAUGGUUAUUUUGGGAAAGAGAGAGUUUUGUCUUUUUUUUUUU